ACAUACACUCAAAACAAGAAGGAGGGGGACGUUUCACCAAGUCUUCAUCAGAGCUCUGUCAAAGUCUUUAAUUUGUCUGGGUUCCCAUUGGCUGAUGGAGUGGACAGUAUCACUAUGUCUCACAGGCUGACCAAGGAGGAGCUGGAUGAACAGUUUGAGCUGUUCUUAAAGGAGUCUGUUUCAGAUGACUCGGUGGACUUAGCAAGCUCUGACAAGCAGCCCGGCGCUAAAAGCAAUCGGAAACCAGCCCAGAAAACGACAGUGUCCUGGGGGCAAGAUGACGAACACAGCGGUCGAGCAAAGACGGCCAAAAGCAGAUUUAUCAAAGCCAAAAAAUCUCAGCCUGAGAACGAUGAUGUUAUUUGUGCGGAACCUGUUUACAAGCCGGUCCCCAAACCUCGCAGCAAAGCUCUGGAUAAACCGCUUCAGUUGGACAAGACCCCCAAAGAUACAGUUUUGGAGGUUCCUCAAAAUUCCACUCCAUCUGACGACCUGUGUUGUGACAGUCUGAGCAGUCCCACUCAUGAAAACCUCCAGUGUGUGUCGAGCACUGAUGCGACACACUCUAAUGAUACUCAACCGGCCAGCACUGACAGUUGUUCCCAGGGGGACAGUGAAGAUGGACUGCUGGGACCUGGAAAGACUUUCAGGAAGUCUUUGAGGAAAUCUCAGUCUAUUCGGGAGGAGGAGGAGGAUCCAGGGGACACUGGUUUGAGGGGAGAAGGGCUGGAGGGAGCUGCUUUUAGAGACAGUACUGAGAUAGAGGAGUCAGUGAUGGUACCGGCUGCGAAUACGACCCACAUUGGCUUGGACACUCUGGAGGAAGCAGAGGAGAAAGCCAGGUUCUUUGCCCAAUUAGAGGCAGGGGCUUUGUCAACUAUAGAUUACUCCAAGCUGAACAGGGAGCUGGACUCAACAAGUUCCACCCUCGGUACUAACCUCAGGAAAGCUGAGGCAGCAGUGGAGCAGAGUGAUGAUGAUCAAAGGAAGGCCAGGGUCACAGAGACCGUCAGAGAGUCUCCAGUUUUUACAGGCUCUCCACACUACAGUGAGGAUUUUGAGGAAGAGGAGAAUAGUAAAGAGCCACUGGACGAGAAGUCUAAAAUGUCUCCAAUUCUUGCUAAAGUUUCUCUCUAUGAUUCCGUGGAUGACCCCAGUGGAGAAGACCGAAGGAAGGACACAGCAGGAUCUCUUGACAGAGGGCAGUCGUAUGUGCAGAGUGGAGGCUCAGAGAUGGAAGCUCUUCAUGAGGCCUACAGACAGAUCCACAUUGUGGAAGAUUCAGAUGACCAUAAUCGCCGUUAUUCAUCUCUGGAAGGGAGGGGGAGGAUCCACAGACCUGUGUCUCCAUCCUCCCCUCCACACACCAGACAGUCUCUCCAGCCUGCUUCCACCAAUGAGUCAGAGCUACCCACUGCAGAAGAGUUGAUGAGACCCAUCCGGCCAGAGAAGGACCAUAUCAGAGGCUUCACCCUCCAGCCUGUCAGUGCUGUAGAACUUGACCAAGAAAAGAGAUCCCUCUUCUUGGAAAGGACUUUCCCCGAUGUCACUUCUCCACAGUCACAACCGAAGCGACCUGGGGAGGCUGACCCCGUUUCAGGCAUAAAGGGAGCCAGGGAACUGUGCUCCCCAGACCCUCCCAACCAUAACCUGACAUGGAGCAUCAGACAGGAAGUAGAGAGGCUGAUGCAGGAUCAGAACAAGUACACAUCCUCACAGGCUGGCAAAGCUAAGAGAGUACCGGCCUCCCGUGGCUCUGCUGUUUCUCAUCCCUCCACAGUUUCAGUGAGGAAACCCACUGUGGCUCCUGUUAGAGACAGGAGAGCGGAGGGGAGAACAGCAGUGACUUCCAGGUCGUCGGGGCUGAGUAGAGCUGCUGUUCCUACAGCCAAAACCCAGUCCUCUGUUCCCCGUCAGUAUCAACAAGAAAGAGCCAAAUUAACAAAGAGCCAAGAAAAAGAUGACUACACAGCAGAGGCAGGUCUGAAGGUGAGCAGUGAGCUGGUGGCAUCUGUUCAGUCCUUAGUGGCUGUCCUCCAACAGCAGAUAGACACCAGCAGUCACCAGGACACUGCAGACACACAGGAAGUCAGAGGUCCUCACGAAACCAGACAGACACAUCUUCCAAAGGACAGUAAGGAGGAGGGCAGCUCUCUGGUGGAGGAGCUCAGAGUCCAGCUGGCUCAGAAAGAGAGGGAGCUGCAUGUGAUGAAGGAAGGAGCAGAAGAGCUCAACUCACUCAGACAACAGAACUAUGUACUACAGAGCAAGCUGAGAAGUGCAGAAGAAGCCAGUCAGAAACAUAGAUGGGCUGAGGCUACCAACUCCACUACAGAGGAAAAGCUCAAAAACAUAGAUAAAGAAAUAAAAGAGCAAGAGAUGCUCAUAAAAGGCUAUCAGCAGGAGAAUGAGAAGCUGUAUUUGCAGAUGAAGGCUCAGCAGGCCAAGAGUAAAGCCAACGAGGAGGCCAUGUUUAAUGAAAACCAGAGGCUGCUGAAUGAGCUGGCUUUCACAAGGGAGCAGAUGAAUAAAACCUCUCGGCCUGUGGGAAAUGUCUGCCUAAUGGAUCACACUCAACGCAUUACAGACCUGUUAGCUCAAAUAAAUGUAUUUCAGAGGAAUGAGGCCAAGCUGUCUGAGGACAUUCACAGACUGAAGCAAGAAAAGCAAGCUCUGGAGGUAGACCUACAGCUAAUGAAGAAAGAAAGAGACCUAGCUAGGGCUCAGGCCAUGUCUGCCUCAGGUGACAAGACUUUUGAGAUGCGCGUAUUAGAGGACAAGCACAGAGAGGAAGUCGCGGCCCUGAAGAAGAAGGUGCAGUGGUUUGCUGAGAACCAGGAGCUGCUGGAUAGAGACGCUGGCAGACUGAAGGCUGCUACAGCUGAAAUACACCGACUCAAGGAGCAAGUAGAAAAACUGAACAUGGAUGUGGGCAGAAGAAGCAGUGAGCAGCAGAGAAGGACCAAAGAGAAAACAGCAGACACUAAGAGGAUGCAGGACCUGGAGCGACAGGUGAAGGAGCUGGAGCAGAUUCUAAGACGAAGAAACCCAAACUCCCUGCCCGCUCUGAUCUACGCUGCAGCCACGGCUGGUGGUCAAGAGGAUGUGGACGCUGCCAAGACGUCGCCACCCAGCAGGAUCAGCGCCUUGCUUGAGCGCAGGAUUCAGCGUCUGGAGGCUGAGCUGGAGAGUCACGAUGAGGAGGCCAAGCGCAGCCUGCGGGCCAUGGAACAACAGUUCCACAGGAUCAAG